AUGGAGACCCGUGGGAUGCGCGCGAAGGAAAAGCAGCACAACAAAUCCGGACGGGCCGGGCUUCGCUCCUCCCCCCGCCGGUGCGCAAGAGAGGCUAGAAACAACAAGCCGGGGGGCUGCGAUGCCGAUCUCCCACACCACGUCGUGCUGGAAAUCGUGUCCUUCCUCGACACCCGAUCCAUCGUAAGUGGCCGGUGCUUGUCUCGCGCGUUCAGCAGCGACGCACCGGCGCUGGUCAAGACGCUGGACUUCCACAUGGGGCAGCAGUCUCCAUCCGCCGAAACGAUCAAGCUGUUCCCUGAGGUCAGGCAGGUGAACCUCGACGGUAACCGAGACCUGGUGCACGCGGUGGUCGCAGGGCUCCGCGGGUGGGGGUCCUCACUGCGCCUGGACGUUUCCCUCCACGACUCCGUCCCACAGAAGGAGGAGCCGCUGAGCAAGACGGCCACCACCGACCUGUGCGCGUUGCCGCUGACCGAGCUCGACAUGAUGGAGGUCGUCAUCGAAUUCCCGCCGUUGCUUCCGAUGAACGCCUGGCGAACGCUGCAGAGGCUCGUGAUCCGCGACGCCUUCCUCGGGGACGAAUCCCUGGAGAGCCUGUCCAAGUCCAUCCCUGAGGGUGCCCUACCGCUGCGCCAUCUUGACCUCUCCAGAAACCUCUUCGGGGGCUACGACACCGUGUUGCCCUUCGCAGACGCGCUCCGGUCCUUCCCCGACCUGGAGUGGCUCGAGCUCUCGGCGUGCCGCAUCUGCCGCGGCUCGGGUGACCGCAUCGUCCGCACGCUGCUCGAGGGCGCCUGCCCGAAGCUCAGGACCCUGGACCUCUCCCUCAACUUCUUCACGAACGGCCUCCUCGCGUCCCUGUGCGAGGGGCUGGGGGCGCCGGGGCACGGGCUGCUCAACCUGCGGAAGCUUGGCUUCGGCUCGCGGGUCACCGGCGACGAGAUGAUAACUUGCUUCGAGAAGGUCGGGAAGGCCCUCGCCGCCGGCGGCCUGCCCAAGCUGGACUUCCUCCACCUUCAGGGCGACGUAGGGCCGCGGCAGGUCUCCCCGGUGCUAAGCCGGUUGAGGGGCGGGGCGUGCCCGAUGCUGGCGAUGGUGAAGCUGGAGCGUUCUCUCCACUCCACGCUUGGCGAGGACGAGUUCGGCGCCGAGGACGCCGCACAGAGCAUGUUCAACCUGGUGAUUUCGGGCCACAUCCCGCACCUCCGGGAGGUGCACGCGCUGGGCAUGGCCCUGAACGAGGGGAUGGAGAAAGCGAAUGAGGCGGGGCGUGACUCGGCGUUCUACAGGGCCAGGAACCAGUCAACCUGGCACCAUCUCGCCGUCGAGGGCAAGGCUAGAGGUGUCCAGGUGUUUGUCUAAAUGUGACCUUCUCUGUAGCUUUGUUUGGAUUGGGUAACCGAGUGACCUCUUUUGUAAGCGUGGAUUCGGUGGGUGGUAAGAACGGUCGUUGAUUCGCGCGAUGAUACUCGUAUACGAGCGUUGGGUGUUUCGUGUCUGCUGUCUCCUGCUGUCGUCAACCCCCGCAACAAUCUCGGUUUUUUAAGCUCAACAUUUGAACACGGAUCGAGAUUUUUUUCAUGAUUCAUGGCAGAAAUUUGAAACUGUGAACAGGAACGAGCUCUCUCCUUUAGCUUCGGGCGCGUUGUUUGCUUGUUUUUUCGCCAGCUUUCGGAGCUUCAACUCCUGGGCUGGGAGCGCCGUGAGUGAGCGCUCAGCCCUUGUGUUUUCUGUUUGCGUCUUCCGGCCGUGUGCUGCAGCAGUUACCGCUUCCACGGCGUGCUCGUGUGGCGGGGUUUAGACCUUUCUUUGCCGAUACAUGGUCUCCUGCAGCUAGCUGCAGAUCCGCUCUGUAGGCACAAUUUGAUCGCGUUGGUAUAUUGCACGGCGUGUCUUGUCGCCGCUCGUGGUUAACUCCCGGUGCUGUCUGUGUGUCUUCUUCUUUUAGAAUGGCCAUCGUAGCGUGUCAUCGUUUCGUAUAUGUGGUGUACGCGCCUUACUUGCAGGAGCAACGUUGUGUCUCGCGGGAUAGGUUCUCUGUGUUGACAAGGGCCAUUGCACCGCUGUAUAUAUGUAUAUCUGUUUCAUGCUGUUUGGUUUGUUGAACUCUGUGGUGUGUCGUUUGCCCCUGUA